CGCGCACCGUCGCCACCACCAGCAGCAGCGGCAGCAUCAAGCGGCGCUUUUCUGACGCACCAUCCGAAGAUGAGCAUCCCCCCCGCGGCCUGACUCCCUCGACAUCCACCGCCCUCACCCACUUCCUCCUCCUCCUCCUCUUCUUCACCUCCAUUUUCCGGCUUCAGUCGGGGCUUUAUUUUCCUCUUUUGUGCGGCGAGGAUUGCGCACGCUUGGCUGGGAAUUUACUUGGAAGCUGAGAGUCAUCUGCUCCCCCCACCCCCUUCCUUGUUCUUUUUUUGGGGAGGGGGUGUAUGUGGUGUCAGUAAUUCCUCCGCACUCUCUGCGCCUUUUUCUUGGGAAUAUUCUGCAGUGUUUUUUCUUCUCUCCCCACUGCGGGGGCUGCUGCGGAUUUUUGGUGCCCUCUCCUCGUCAGUGGGGGCGGGAGGGGGGGGUGGGGGGGUGACCGAAGCCAUCCCGGAGUAGCAGCACCCGGAUCGGAAGCGGCGAUGCCCACCUUGUGACUUUCGGGAUUACCCCCUAACCCGCCCCUUACCAGAGCAUGGCUCCGGCCCGGAGGGAGCACGGCCGCCACGCGGCGCUCCUCCUCCUGGCGGCGGCGACGGCGUGCCGCCUGCUGGCGGGCACCGCGCUGGCCAAGGUGUGCAACGACCGCACCAAGCGCGGCCAGGACAACAGCUGGUUCGCCCGCGACGGCGAGAAUUUGCCCAUCAUGGUGCUCAUGCCCAUGAACGAGUCCGCGCUGAUGAGCAGCAUCAGCCAGGGCAUCGAGCCCGCCGUGCAGCUCGCCAUCCAGCACAUGCGAGAGUCCCGGAAGUACUCCUUCUCGCUCAUCACCGAAAUCUACGACACCGAGUGUGACAACGCCAAGGGCCUGCGGGCCUUCUUCGAUGCCAUCUGCUACGGACCCAAACACCUGAUGAUCUUCGGCGGCGUCUGCCCCUCCGUCACCUCCAUCAUCGCCGAGUCCUUGGGGGGAUGGAACCUGGUGCAGCUGUCCUUCGCGGCAACCACUCCGGUGCUGGCGGACAAGAAAAAGUACCCCAACUUCUUCCGCACGGUCCCCUCAGACAACGCCGUCAACCCGGCCGUGGUCAAGUUCCUCAACUACUACAACUGGAGCCGCGUGGGGACGCUCACGCAAGACGUGCAGAGGUUCUCUGAGGUGAGGAACGACCUCACCAGCGAGCUGGAGAAGGCCGACAUCCAUAUCGCGGACACCGAGAGUUUCUCCAACGACCCCUGCGUCAACGUCAAGAAACUAAAGGACAACGACGUGAGGAUCAUCAUCGGCCAGUUUGACGAGAACCUGGCUUCCAAAGUCUUCUGCUGCGCGUACAACCUGAACAUGUUUGGCAGCAAAUACCAGUGGAUCAUUCCUGGCUGGUACCAGGGCAACUGGUGGGAGCAGGCCAACAGCACCAACUGCACCACCAAGAAGCUGCUGGCCGCCAUGGAGGGCUACAUCAGCGUGGACUUUGAGCCCCUCAGCGCCAGGCAGAUUAAGGGCAUCUCCGGAAGGACCCCGAAGGAGUACGAGCGCGAGUACAGCCGCGAGCUACGUCAGAAGGGCGUGGAACCCAGCAAGUUCCACGGCUUCGCCUACGACGGCAUCUGGGUCAUCGCCAAGACCCUGACCCGCGUCAUGGACCUGCUGCGCGUCAAGCAGCGGCAGAGCGGGCACCGCAACUUCACCGUGGACGACCACGAGGUGGGAAAGAUGGUGCUGGACGUCAUGAACGAAACCAACUUCUUCGGCGUCACGGGCCAAGUCAUGUUCCGCAAUGGUGAGCGGAUGGGCACCAUUAAAUUCAACCAGUUUCAAGAGGGCCUGGAAGUGAAGGUGGGCGAGUACAACGCCAUCGCGGACGUGCUGGACCUCAUCAACAACUCCAUCCGCUUCCAAGGAGUGGAACCGCCCAAAGAUCGGACGUUUGUGCGUCUGCAGCGGCGGCACAUCAACGUCCCGCUUUACAGCAUCCUGUCCACCAUCACCAUCUUGGGCAUGCUCAUGGCCGGGGCGUUUCUCUUUUUCAACAUCAAGAACAGAAACCACAGACUGAUCAAGAUGUCCAGUCCCUACAUGAACAACCUGAUCAUCCUGGGCGGUAUGCUGUCCUACGCCUCCAUCUUCCUCUUCGGACUGGACGGCGGCUUCGUGUCCGACAAGGAGUUUGAGACGCUCUGCACCGUUCGGACGUGGAUCCUGAUCGUCGGCUACACAACAGCGUUCGGUGCUAUGUUUGCCAAGACCUGGAGGGUGCACGCCAUCUUCAAGAAUGUUAAGAUGAAGAAGAAGAUCAUAAAGGACCAGAAAUUGUUGAUCAUCGUUGGCGGGAUGCUGUUGAUCGACUUGUGCAUCCUGAUUUGCUGGCAGAUUGUGGACCCACUGAAGAGGACCGUGGAAGAAUACAGCCUGGAGGCGGACCCUCACGACCGAGAUAUCGCUAUCCGUCCCUUCUUGGAGCACUGCGAGAACACCCACAUGACCAUCUGGCUGGGCAUCGUCUAUGCCUACAAGGGCCUGCUGAUGUUGUUCGGCUGCUUCCUGGCUUGGGAGACCAGGAACGUCAGCAUCCCCGCCCUCAACGACAGCAAAUACAUCGGCAUGAGCGUCUACAACGUCGGCAUCAUGUGCAUCAUCGGAGCCGCCGUCUCCUUCCUGACCCGAGAUCAGCCCAAUGUCCAGUUCUGCAUCGUGGCACUGGUUAUCAUCUUCUGCAGUACCAUCACACUCUGCCUGGUCUUUGUUCCCAAGUUUAUCACCAUGAGGACCAACCCGGACGCCGCCACGCAGAACCGCAGGCUGAAGUUCACGCAGAACCAGAAGAAGGAAGACUCCAAGACCUCCACCUCGGUCACCAGCGUCAACCAGGCCAACACUUCCAGAUUGGACGGCCUUCAGACCGACAACCACCGCCUCCGCAUGAGGAUCACCGAGUUGGACAAGGAGCUGGAGGAGGUGACCAUGCAGCUGCAGGACACUCCGGAGAAGACUCCCUACAUCAAACAGAACCACUACCCGGACGCCAACAACAUCCUCAGCAUACGCAACUUCACCGACGGCAAAGACGCCGACCGGAGCCUGCUGAAGAACCACCUGGAACAGAAGCCUCAGGGCCAGUGGGGCUCCAUGGAUCCUUCCAGAAUAACCAGAGGUCCCCUGGAGGACAUCAACUCUCCCGAACACAUCCAACGCCGUCUGUCGCUGCAGCUUCCCAUCCUGCACCACGCCUACCUGCCGUCCAUAGGCGGCGUGGACGCCAGCUGCGCCAGCCCCACCGACAGCCCCGGAUCCAGCCCGCGCCACAGACACAUGCCGCCCUCCUACCGGGUCAUGGUGUCGGGCUUGUGAGCGCCGCCACGUGAUACACACGCGAUACACACACACACACACACACACACACAAAUGCACACACACACACACAACUGUCUUUUUGUGUGUUGUCUUUUCUACAGUAAAUCGACUGAUUGCAUCCACACGGAGGAGAUUGACGCUCUUUUGUGCCUCCCCGCGGAACUCGCCGGACGGGCCGUUAGCGAACCCGCUAAACGGCCACGACGGCGGCCGCGGCGUAGCCUUAGGGAUCCGCCGUCUCUUCCCCCCCGCAGUCGGUUAUAGUUUGCGACUUUGUAAAUAUCCUCGUUUCGGCACACCGCGGAUGUCGACGGCUCGGGUCGCCGUCCGGAAAGCAACGGUAUGCUAAACGUGCUAACUGUUAGCUUUGCCGUUACGCUAAGGCAGUGGUUCUCAAACUCGGAAAGUCCAAAUUCUGUCAGACAUCGAAUCAAGAUGGAAAAUUCUAAGUACGAUUUAAGAAGAACAUCCGUAUUAGGACAAGUAUAAUUUGUCAUAUUAUAACAAUUUAGGUGUUAUUGUCAAAAUAGGACAAAUUUGUUAUAUGACAAUAAUGUCUAAUUUGUUGUAAUGACAAAUCCAUACUCAUAUUUGGACGUCAUUGUCAUAAUAUGACAAAUUCAUGCUUGUGAUAUUUGGGCAUUAUUGUCGUAAUGUGCCAAAUUUAUAAUCAUGACCAGUAUAAAUUUGUCAAUUAACGACAAUGUCUAAAUUGUCGUGCUAUACCAAAUGUGUCACAUUGUGACAAUAACUUCUGAUUUGUCAUAAUAUGACAAAUUUAUAAUCAUUACGUAGCACGUGUUCAAUUUAGAGAAUGUCAUGAUGCGCCAAAUUGAUAUUCGUACACAUUAUGAAUUUGUCGUAUUACAAAAUCAAGAUUUCUAAAAAAAUUACAAGAAUAAAAUGUUUGUAUUACGACACUAACCAAUCGAACGCAAUCUAGAAAUUGGGGGGGCGGGUUGUCACAUUUAUGGGAAUAAAUUUCGCGAGAUAAAAAUUCAAAAUAUCACAACCAAAAAUGUCAUUUUGCAAAAACAAACAAGUCGUAAUAUUAUAUGUACAAAUUCAUAAUUUGUCGGAAAAACAAUUGUUACGUGACAAGAAAUAAAGUCAAAACAUUGCGCAGAAAUUCAUGCAAGUGGAAAUAUUGUACAAAAGCAACUGAAAAAGUUUGAGAACCUUCAUCUUUACCUCCAAAGAACACGACACCUUCGAGGCUCGUGGGAAUUUCCAGCGUUGUCAUCUGCGACCACAUUGAUGCCCGGAAUGUCCGGAAUGCGUCGCCGAGAAAUUGAAUUUGCGAGCGUCAAAGCACACUCCUCUGGCCUCCCGUUGCUACGGAGAUGUUUCGGUUUGCUUUGUUAUUUUGGAGCAAAUUUGUUGUUUUUUCACCAUCGGUGUCUUGGGUUUUUAGAUUUUCUUUUUGCGUGUGUGUGUGUGUGUGUGUGUGUGUAAAAGGCGUCCGCCUGUCGUCUUCUACGCUCACCGUCGUCAUGGUGCAAACACACGCACGCGCGCGCAUCCAGGACGGCGGGCGUGCGCUCCCCGACUUCUUUGAGCGAGCAGAAACUGUACUCAAGUUCGGACUCGGGAAGGGAAAAGGAACCGGAAGCGGACUUGGGGAACAAGCGGCACCGAGUCGGAAAAAUAACAAUCCCGGAGUGAACGAAAUCCAAGCGGACGUUUUCUAUUCUGUGACAUUCUACGUGAUUGUGUACAAUUUGCAGAGACCUUCAGCACAGGUGUCCGUCGAUGGGAUGUUUGGGGGGUUUUAUGGGGGGCUCUUUUUUUAAUUUAUGAUUAACUGUUGGGGUGUUUUUCCUCAAGACGGCAUGGAAUCAAAAUGUAGACUUCACACAGAUGUUAUCUGCUGCUCGUCCUCGUGGCGUUCCCAGUAAACAAACAAACAAACAAAAGCUCUUUUUGGAGUCGUACGAACGGCCGAGCAGACAGAAGCAAACGAUUCAUCCUUAUCACUGCUUUGUUUUUAUUUCAUUGCCGGCAAGUUUUUGUUCUUUCUUUUUGUUUUCUUUCAUUCAAACCUGAAUUUGAAUUAGUCUAAAUGUUGAUUUCUUGUAGUCGUGACAAAGUAUUAUAAGCCACACUGAAAAGGAAAACAAAACAAAAAUACGACAAUAGUUUGUCGUCAUGUGAGAAUAAAGUUCGGUUUCUUGCGAGGAAAAAAAAAGUAAUCUUACGAGGUUUCCAAAUGUAUUUCAUUGAGGAAAAAUCUCAUUUUAAUGCGUUAAGACAUUUUCUUCACUUCCCCGAAUGAAAAAUAGCUUCUUUUUUUUUAAAAUGGUUGAAAAUAUGUCAAUUCUUGCAGUAUUCCAACCUUUUUAUCUUCAAAGAACGAGACAUCUUAAAUAAGAUGACAAUGAGACAAUUUGUGAAUAUAAAAAAAUGUACUUCAUAAAAUUUUCUUUUUCUUUUAAAAAAAGACCAUCAAAUCUGACUUUUUUAGUGAAUAUAUUUUUUAUUCAGAAUAUUGAGAUUAAAGUUGAAAUUUUAUAGGGAUUUUCUUUUUUUUUUUUAAACGUUAAUUCCACUUCCCCCUAACUUUGUUCUCAUAAUCACGUUUUUAAACAAACAAAUAAAACAUGACUAUUCUUUGCCAUGCUAAGACUUGAAACAUUAAUAUUGAAGGAUUCGAGGAAUAUUAUUUGGACUUGUAUAUAUAAAAAAAAAAAAGAAUCUCGAAUAAAGUUUUUUUGGGGGGGAGGAAGGAGUCCAAAUUUAACAAGUGAUUUUAGUAAAUUAGUAACAUCGAUCUCGUAACUUUUUUGGGGGGGGGAAAUCUGUUCUUACAAUAUUUUGACUGAUCUAAAAACCGUUAAAAAAAGUCAUUAUUUUAGGGAAAUAAAAAUAUUAUUACAACUGUCCAAAUUUAACAAAGGAAAAUAAAGAAAUUUUAACAAAUUAACUUAAGAAAUUUCGAACACUUUUGGAAUGUUCAGAUUUUUUUUUUUCUCCAAAAAUAUAUAACUUCGAUGUAUGAAACAAAAUCGAAUUUCAUUCUUGCAAUAAUCUGUUUUUCUCCAAUUGAUUAUUUAUAUAUAUAUAUAUAUAUAUAUAUAUAUAAAUUUAUAUAAUUAUUUUGUUUCCUUCUCAGCAUGGCCUUAAUACUCUAGUUACAAAACUCAAAACUGUGUCUACAAAAGCGGACGCACAUUCUGGUGCAAAAGUUAAGUUUCAUGAUACUGACUGUGCUUUACUUCAUAACAAUCAAGUUGUUGUUAUUAUUAAUUAUUGUUAUUCAUAAAACAACACAAAGCAAACAGUAACCAAAACUUGAGUUUUCGAUGCAACACGCUCAAGAGGGGCAAUAACUUUUCUGUUACCAGAAAGCGUCAACUGCAGUAUAUAGAUAUUUAUAUAUAUAGAUAUAUAUAUAUAAAUAUAUAAAAUGCAUAGAUAUAUAAAAAAAAAAUGUAUGUAAAAGAUCUUUACCAUUUUUACAUUCCUUUCACAAAAUACGCCACCAGGAUACCUUGGAAGUUGUCGUUUUUUUGGGGGGGCGGGGGGGGACCUUUAUUUACAGUAUCUGUAACUAUGUUAUGUACAGAUGAGGUAUAGAUAUGGAACCGUUGUAUAAAAUAAUAAGUAUCACAUUUUGGAACACCUUGAAUGUUCGUUUUUUUUUGUUAGUUAUUCCGGAACGGGCGGGAGGGAAUCUGCGGGCGAGUAAUUGCGCGAGGGGGAUUUCAAAGCGACAUUCUUCUUCUUUUCUUGUCUGAACGUUCUGGACAGCAGUUUACGUUUCACAUCGUCGAAUAAAGUCAGGCUGAAAGUGAACAAUGGAGUCCUGUUGUUUCUU